AUGGUCAACCCCACUGUGUUCUUCAACAUUGCGGCCGAUGGCGAGCCCUUGGGCCGCGUCUCCUUCGAGCUGUUUGCAGACAAAGUUCCAAAGACAGCAGAAAACUUUCGUGCUCUGAGCACUGGAGAGAAAGGAUUUGGAUAUAAGGGUUUUUCCUUUCACAGGAUUAUUCCAGGAUUCAUGUGCCAGGGUGGUGACUUCACACGCCACAAUGGCACUUGCGGCAGAUCCAUCUACGGAGAAAAAUUUGAGGAUGAGAACUUCAUCCUGAAGCAUACAGGUCCUGGCAUCUUGUCCAUGGCAAAUGCUGGACCAAACACAAACGGUUCCCAGUUUUUUAUCUGUACCACCAAAACUGAGUGGCUGGACGGCAAACAUGUGGUCUUUGGGAAGGUGAAAGAAGGCAUGAACAUUGUGGAAGCCAUGGAGCGUUUUGGGUCCAGGAAUGGCAAGAACAGCAAGAUCACCAUUUCCGACUGUGGACAACUCUAAUUCUUUUGACUUGCGGGCUUCUUACCCACCAGACCAUUCCUUCUGUAGCUCAGGAGAGCACCCCAGCCCCAUCUGCUCGCAGUACACUGUAAUCU